AUGUCGUGUAUGCCUUGGUUGCCAGAGGCACGGUGGUUCUGGCGGAGUUCAGUGCCGUCACCGGCAACACAGGCGCCGUCGCUCGUCGGUUACUCGAGAAGCUUCCUACCGAAUCGGAUUCCAGACUUUGCUUCUCUCAAGAUAGAUAUAUCUUCCACAUACUCCGAUCCGAUGGCCUCGCUUAGUUCAUCUAUUAAGAGAUUCAAUUGUGUUGCGGAGAGGUGUUCUUCAGAGGUUUUUCUGGCUUCUGUUGAGUGUUUGGAACUGAUCAGGCUUGAUACUGCAAAUUAUGCAACCGCGUUAGAAGCAGAAUCAAACAGAGGCUUCAUUCAAUUGGCAUCUGAGGAACAUGGUGUGGCACCGUGUCUGAUGCUGUCAUUGCUUUUGAAUGACACUUUUCCGUAA